AUGACUGUCGAUACCCCUCAACCCCAGCCAUGGAUCCUGCCUCCAGAAACAAACCAGCAAUUGGACUGGGCAGAGCUCGUAUUGGUCGAUCUCAGCAAGUGGGACCAGCCUGGUGGCAAGCAAGAGCUCGCUGAGACCCUCAAGCAUGGCAGCAGCCACGACGGGUUCUGGGCUGUCACCAACAGCGGCAUUUCCGAGGAAGAGAUCUUCGAAAUCUUUGCCUAUGGUAAGCAUUUCUUCGACGACUACACCUUGGAGCAGAAACGCGCAGUGGAGGUGGACUUUGCCUCGGGAAACUACUUUGGCUACAAGCCCAUUGCCAACAAGGCGUUGUUCGGCACGGAAGUCAGGGACAACUUGGAGACGUUCAACAUCGCCAAGUUCACGCUGGACGGCCGGUUUUCUCAGUACCACGCCAACGACUUCAUCCAGAACCACCAGCGCAAGUUGGAACACAUUUCGCGCAAAGCGUUUGGCGUGGCUGACAAGCUCCUCCGGCUCUUUGCGCUCAUUCUCGAGCUCGACGAGGACUACUUCGUGUCCAGACACUUGUACGACGACCCCAGCGACGACUCGCUUCGCUACAUCAAGUACACGCCUCGCACGGCUGAGGACGACGCCCAGGUGGAAAACAUCUGGUCUCGUGCUCACACUGAUUUUGGCACCUUGACCCUCUUGUUCAACCAGGUGGUGGCAGGCCUCCAGAUCAAGCUCUCCACGGGCGAGUGGAAGUACGUCAAGCCUGUGCUGGGAGGAAUCAUCUGCAACGUAGGCGAUACCCUCAAUUUCUGGUCGGGAGGCUACUUCAAGACCACCAUCCACCGGGUGGUGAGACCACCCCAAGACCAGAUCGACGCUCCCAGGAUUGGUGCAUUCUAUUUCGUGCGUCCAGGAGACAAUGCCGAGAUCGAGGUGGCGCCCCUGCCUUUGUUGAAGAGAUUGGGACUCUACAGAGAAACUAAGCCUAUCGGCGGAACCGAGUACGUCAGGAAAAGGGUUCAAGACUACCACAACAGGGAGGGCUACGAGAAGCGCAACGAAGCCAAGUUCCGGGUGGGUGAGUUCGAGAUAAAUGAUGGGUUUGACUAA